AUGGUUGGUUGCUUAGGCAAACUUUAUGAGAGCCUCAAAAAUCUCAGUGACACAUACAUGCAACCCAAUCUUAACAAAGACUCCCUGCUGAAACCCAAGACAACAAUUUCUGGCGCUAACAUCCUUCAAUUGCCAGCCAACAAUGACUCGAAUGCGCCUAAACGGUUCUACCUCUGUGUAAAUUGCAAGCGCCAUAUUUCUGAGAGUCCUGUAACAACUUGUCCAACUUGCAUUUCACUCAAAAUAUCCGCCCAGGUGUUUUAUGUUGCUCCUCCACCAGAACCUACUGGAGUGGCGUGCGGAAAUAUUAAGGGAGGAUACGUCAAGAGUGACGUUAUGUACACGAUAAUGGAUGAUUUGGAAGUGAAGCCUAUGUUUACGGUAUCAAGUAUCACAUUGCUUAAAACGUUGAACUUUAAGACGGUUGAUACUUUUGAAGGUGGUUGA